AUGGGUUCUUUAACCGCAGUCUCCUGGGAGACCCAGGCAGAGAAGUGUCGCAAAAUUCUCAGAGACUCGAUGAACCCAGCCUGGCUUCUGUCACCCAAGGAGCUAGCACCCGCCAGUCAGCUGAACGUUUCUACCUUCAUAGAGACAUGCAGCUUGCUCACGGCACGAGAGCUGAAGAUCACAGCAACCAGCGCUACUGGACUGGUUCAGCAAAUGGCUUCCGGCUCGCUUACGGCUCUGGAGACUACCACCGCCUUUCUUAAGAGGGCACACAUUGCCCACCAGUUGACCAACUUCGCAACCGAGUUCAUGGUUGAAGAAGCUCUGAGUGCUUCGGCUGAACUCGAUGCCUACUUCAAGAGAACCGGAAAUCUCAAGGGACCGUUGCACGGCCUUCCUAUCUCUGCCAAAGAACACAUCGGGUUCAAGGGUCGCAUUGUUCACUCCGCAUAUGUUGCAUGGAUUGACAACAUUGCAGAAGAAGACGCACUUAUGGUUCAGCUGCUCAAGGAAGCCGGCGCAGUCUUUCACGUACGCACAAACGAGCCUCAAAGUGUCAUGCACAUCGACUGCAGCAACCCCAUCUAUGGCACUACUGUCAACCCUCACAAUCGCGCACUCACCUGUGGCGGCUCCAGCGGUGGUGAAGGAGCCUCUCUCGGCCUUCGCUGCGCCGCACUCGGCAUCGGUACCGACAUUGGCGGCUCAAUUAGAGUCCCGGCAGCAUUUUGCGGCGCAUACGGCCUUCGACCGACGUCAUUGCGAAACCCAUACAAUGGAAUAUGUCUGGCCGGAGCUGGACAAGAGAGCGUUCGCUGCGUCAUCGGGCCGCUGGCCAAUACCGUCGAGGAUCUGAACCUCUUUCAAAGGGCAGUUCUUGAUCAAGCGCCUUGGGAGGUUGAGACAUCCUUGGUACCUCUGCCUUGGAAGAAUGUUGGACCAUUCAGUCCUAACCAGAUUACUGUUGGGGUUAUUUGGGAUGACGGUUUGGUGCGCCCACAUCCUCCUGUUACACGCGCCUUGCACCAUGCCGUUACCAAGCUCAGGGAAGCUGGCGUGGAGGUGGUUGAUUUCGAGCCGUAUAAGCAUCAAGAAGGAUUCGACAUCAUCACGUCCCUCUAUUUCCCAGAUGCCGCGCGCACACAGAGGGAUAUCUUGGCACAAGGUGGAGAGCCGAUCGCGGCUUUGACAGAAUGGGCUUUUAGCUGCUCCCAGCCAGAGCCCCUCUCCAUACCUGAGAACUGGGCACUGAACGUCCGGAGAGAUGCCUAUCGGGAAGAGUAUCAUCGCGUCAUGAAGGAAAGAGGCGUCGACGUCAUCCUCUGCCCUGCAUAUGUCGGGGCUGCUGCGACGUUGGGUUCUGGACAAUAUUGGCUGUAUACAGCCAUUUGGAAUAUCCUCGAUCAGCCUUGCGUGGCGUUCCCUACUGGCCUAAAAGUCGAUCCAGCUAUUGACGUCGUCGAGGACUACAAGCCUUGUUCUCAAGAAGACGACAGAGAAUACAGAAAGUAUGUGCCGGAAACGUUUGCAAAUGCCCCCAUUGCACUCCAACUUGUGGGAAAACACUUCCGAGAUGAAGAGACAGUGGCAGCAACUGAAUUGGUAUCCAAGAUUGUGCAGUCGUGA